UUGGAAGGGCAUCCACCGGGACUGGGAGGAGAGCCACGGAGAAGGUGGAGAAUAGGAAUCAUGUGUGUUCCUCGAGUGUACAACCCACAUUUGAGUGACAAAUGACGAGGACAACCUAUAAAAACAACUAAGCGCGAGUCUACCCGAAUCCAUUUCCCUCUCUGUUGCGUGUGCGUUUUCAACAAACUUUGAGCGCCCCUCGCAGCCUCGCCUCCACCUGGGUUUCCCUCGCUUCCUACCUCCGCUACCCCCAGGCUAAGGAUGGAGGAUCCCUUCAGCCCCUCAACUUUCUCGCUGGCGCCCAACGUCUCCGUACCCGUCUUUCCCGGCUGGGGUCUCAACUUCACUUCGGAACAGGGAGCCCCAGCCCCGGGGCCGCCGCCGCCGCCUCCGCCGCCUCCCGGACCGCCCGGCCGCCGCGUCCGCCUGGUCUUCCUGGGGGUCAUCUUGGUGGUGGCGGUGGCCGGCAACAGCACUGUGCUGUGCCGCCUGUGCGGGGGUGCCGGGCCGUGGGCGGGCCCCAAGCGUCGCAAGAUGGACUUCCUGCUCGUGCAGCUGGCCCUCGCUGACCUGUACGCGUGCGGAGGCACCGCGCUGUCGCAGCUGGCCUGGGAGCUGGUAGGAGAGCCGCGCCGGGCGGCGGGAGACCUGUCGUGCCGCUUCGUGCAGCUGCUGCAGGCGUCCGGCCGAGGCGCCUCGGCCCACCUCGUGGUACUCAUUGCCCUCGAACGCCAGCGCACCGUGCGCCGGCCGCAGGGCCCGCCGCUGCCAGCGCGCGCCCUCGCCGCCCUGGGCUGGCUGCUGGCGCUGCUGCUGGCGCUGCCCCCCGCCUUCGUGGUGCGCGGGGGCGCCCCCUCGCCGCCACCCGCCCCGCCCUCGGCCCCCCGCGCUUGGCCCGGGGAGCGUCGCUGCCGUGACAUCUUUGCGCCUCUGCCGCGCUGGCACCUGCAGGUCUAUGCGCUUUACGAGGCCGUCGCGGGCUUCGUGGCGCCGGUCGCGGUCAUGGGCGUAGCUUGCAGCCGCCUGCUCUGCGCCUGGUGGCAGCGCCCGCCCCAGGCCCCGCCGCCUUCAGCGCCCUGGUGGGCGAGUCCCGGCAGAGCCCCUGCGCCCAGCGCGCUGCCACGCGCUAAGGUACAGAGUCUGAAGAUGAGCCUGGCGCUGGCGCUGCUGUUCGUGAGCUGCGAGCUUCCCUACUUCGCUGCCCGGCUGGCGGCCGUGUGGUCGUCGGGACAGGUGGGAGACUGGGAGGCCGAGGAAGUGGCGGCCGCGCUGCACCUCGUGGGAGUGGCCAACAGCGCUCUCGAUCCCUUCGUUUACCUCUUCUUCCAGGCAGGCGACUGCCGGCUCCUGCGGCGGCUGCGGAGGCGCCUGGGCGCAGUCUGCUGUUCGUGGGAGGGAACAGCGGAGGACGAUGAGGGGACGGGGGCCCACCAAGCGCUUCACCGCCACCGCUGGCCCCACCCCCAUUAUCACCACGCUAGACGCGAGCAGCCAGAAGAGGGCUGCUGGCGCCCACCUCCGCCUCGCCCCCGGCCGCUGCCCUGCUCCUGCGAAAGCGCUUUCUAGCUGCUCGAUGGCCACUCAGGUCACCGUCGCCGCCGCACGGCCUCCACGGAACACGCGGCGGGCCCGGGUCUAUCCAGAUCACAACGGGCAGGAGAGUCUCUGAUUGACCCUGAAGCUGUCCCCUUCCUACACUCUCUCUUUCUAAUGUUUACAUUUCCCUACACUUUUCCAGGUUCUUCUCUCCCUUUCAGUUCCUCUCACAUUUCCCAGUUUGGAGAUGAGAGUUUGAGCCACUGGAAAUUUUAAGAACAGUCAAAGAUACACAGAGUUAUUUUUGCAUUUCUCUUUGACGCUCCCAUAGUGUUCUGGAUAAGAUAAUUUGUUUUAGCGAAAUUGCCAAGCUUUCAUUAUUUGCUGUGUUAUCAUCUGUUUUUACUUAUUUUGAAUCGUGUUUAAAUCAAGUGUACCUUCCAGACCAGAGAAUUUGCCUUUGCUUCCAGGAGGAAAAUCCCCACAUUGCUCUCCCUGAGGAGCCUGGAAAUUGUACCAGCGAUACUGUCAGAACUAUAAUCGUGCUGUCACUUCAGAGCCACAGAGUAUUUGUAAAAUAAACACAUUUCCCACAGAGCAAUUAGUACUUUUUGUUACAUGGUAAUGCGUUUUCACAGAAGAAAACCAGUGAGGCACUUAUUUCCAGUCUUCCCUUCAAUAGAAGCUGGGGUUUUGGAGGGACACAAAAACGCUUCCCUUUGCCCCUUUCAAAUUUGCCCAGUUUCUGUAGGAAAUUGUGCCCUUACCCACACGAGCCUCUACAGCUGAGACGCUGUGCUCGGGUGUAGCCUCUCAGCAGAGUCCCCAGCAAACUAGCGAAGGGAAACACCAAGGUGGUGCCUAUGGGCGGGGCUCACUGUCCAGGCUGGCGCUGAAACCACCCAAUGUUGCAUGUACGCAGAAAACUACCUUUAAAAAAAAUGAAGGCAAUGCCUAUUGGUGUGGGCUGCUAAGAACAAGGUAAAGAAGCAGAUUUAAUUGAUGACCUUCUCCUUUUAACUGUCCUUGGUCCUAGAGAGAAGUGGCAGCACUUAUCAACAAUAUAUCCAUGUGUUUACCAUUGCCUUUCAUCUGAGAAUCAGCAUGCUUUCCAUGAUAGUGUUUCCUGUUUAAGCACAAAUGUCAAACUAAAAUGCAGAAAGGGGAAAUGAUUGCUGGAGUUCACUUGUAGGGCCAAUGCUCUCUGAGGGCUUUCUUUGUUUACUUCGCCUAUGUAU